AUGACUAAACAAUGUUAUGGUAAAGAAUGUAAAGUGUGCUCUCGUCCUUUUACAAUUUUCCGAUGGCUUCCUGGUGCUGGAAUGAGAUAUAAAAAAACAGAAAUAUGUCAAACCUGUGCAAAAUUAAAAAAUGUCUGUCAAACAUGUUUAUUGGAUUUACAAUAUAAUCUUCCAGUUCAAGUUCGUGAUACUGCUCUUAAUGUUACUAAUGAUGCGCCUAGAUCUGAUAUUAACAGAGAGUACUUUGCACAAAAUAUUGAAGGAAAGAUUUCGGGUCCAGAAAGCCUUAUAAAUUAUGGAAAGGCUGAUUCAGCAGGAAAAGACAUGCUAAAAAAAUUAGCUAGAACAGAACCUUAUUACAAACGAAAUAGACCACAUAUUUGUUCAUUUUAUGUUAAAGGAAACUGCACACGUGGCGACGAAUGUCCUUACAGGCAUGAAAUACCCGAAGAAAAUGAGUUGUCACAUCAAAACAUUAAAGAUAGAUAUUAUGGAACCAAUGAUCCAGUUGCCAAGAAAAUGCUUAAUCGGGUAAAAGGUGGUGGUGGAAUAGAAGAUGACAUUACAGAAUCAGAUCUAAGGGGGCAUUUUUAUGCUUUUGGAGAAAUCAAAUCAGUUGUAGUUGUACAUAAAUCAAAAUGUGCAUUUGUUAAUUAUGCAACCAGGGCUUCAGCUGAACAAGCAGUAGAAAAAUCACAUAAUAAUUUAAAUAUUAAAGACCAUGAUUUGAAAAUAUCUUGGGGUAGACCAAGACCUACAGGGCCUAAAUCAGAAAUAGAAGCAGUUACUGUAUCUCAAGGGCUUAUUCUGCCGCCACUUGAAUCAAUACAAAUUCCAGCACCACCUAGUCAAACUGCAGCUGGUAUCGUAUAUCCAAGUCAAGAUCCAACUUACCAGGGUUCGACAAAUAAAAGUUAG